AAUGCCAUUGCCACCUUCCAAACGCAAACAAUUCUAAAGCAACGCGAGCGAACAAUUGAGAAAGCCAGAGCGAGCGAUCGAGCGAGAGAGAGAGAGAGAUAGGGGUGGGGGAGAGGCAAGGAAGGGGAAGAGGAGCGAAGGCGCCAUGGCCGACGACAGCGGCACCGUCGGGAUGGCCAUCGGCACCGCGGUCGGCGGCACCUCCAUUGCCCUCUUCACCGGCGUGAGCUGCUGGUUGGGCAUGAAGGCUUACCGUGACGGCCGAUUCUCGAGAGGAUGGUGGCGGAUGCGCGUCUGCACGCUCGGCGGCGUCACCACCCUGGGGCAGGCGCUGGCCUACGACUGCGCCAUGUGCGGCCGCAGCCUGGACCAGCGGGAGGAGGUCCGCACGCUCUCCUGCGGUCACGUGUUCCACCUCCGCAAGGGUCCCAAGUGCAUGAGCAACAUCGACGACUGGCUCCGCGAGAACCGCAUGCGCUGCCCCUCCUGCUGCAAGCCCGUCUACCCCGUGUUACCGUGGAAGGCGCCGACGACAUCGGUUCCACCGACCGCGCCCGUGCCACUGCCAGCACAGUCGUCGACGUCGACGUCGACGUCGGAUUUGGAGGCUCAGGAGCCGAGGCGGUGGGCGUCGUCGGAGCAGGGGCCACAGCGGCGACUGUCGUUGGACCUGGGAAGACCGCGGUAUCCACCGUCGAUAUGAUUCCAGGACGCGCUACAGUUUGGGUCUCCGUCGUAAAGACGCAUGAUCGAGCUUGGAUGGGACAGUGUUGGAGCGUCUUUUGGAUCAGUUCUUCCAGAGGUUCUUUAAGGAUUCUUUCGUCGUUUCUUUCUCUGCAUGCGUUAUUGGAACUGGUCAAAGGGUAUUGCAUCUCGCUGAUGGUCUGGAUCGGUUCUCAUGGAGUCAUUUACUUUUUUUUUUGCUACGUCGGAACUGAACAAACUUAGCUUGUUUCUUCUUUUGUUCUGAUCUACGUUCACUUGUGAUGAACUAAGCAAUGUUCUGUUAGUUCUUGGCUCAGAUCCAAUGAUCUGAUGAAAGCGAAUAGCAGAUAGAUUCUCGUUAAUUGGUUUGGCACUUUGUACCAUUUCCUCGCGCCCCAGUGUUCAAAUUGAUACUGAUCAAUGGGCAUCUUGGGAUGAGAAUUGCAAGAUUUUGGUAUAAACUUUUCGCCA